UUACGAAGUAUGCAAGUCCAGAAUUGCAGCUGCGUAGCGCAGCCUAAUGCACGUUUCCCAGCAGGGAGUAGUCCGAAGGGACUUGCUCGCUCGGGCGCGAAAGCAGCAUCCUAGAGCUUCAGCGCCUUCCGAGCUCAAGAUCUGCGAGGACUGGAGAGAGGACGGAAACAGCUCCUGCUGCACUGGGGAAACUGGAGCGCCGCCGGGCAGAGGGGAGAGAGGCUGCCUGGGAUCAGCGGCGCCGAUGCGGUGGCUGCUCUCCGCGCCGCCAGGAGCUGAGGAGGAAGGCCAGUUGUUGCCUUGGAAUAACUUCACAAAUGAAUGUAACAUCCCUGGAAACUUCAUGUGCAGUAAUGGACGCUGCAUCCCAGGAGCCUGGCAAUGUGAUGGGCAGCCAGAUUGCUUUGAUGAAAGUGAUGAGAAAGAAUGCCCAAAAGCCAAAUCUAAAUGUGGCUCCACGUUUUUCCCCUGUGCAAGUGGAAUUCACUGUAUCAUUGGUCGCUUCCGAUGCAAUGGUUUCGAGGACUGUCCUGAUGGUAGUGAUGAAGAAAACUGCACAGCAAAUCCCUUGUUAUGUUCGACUGCCCGGUUUCAUUGUAGGAACGGCCUCUGCAUUGAUAAGAGUUUUGUGUGUGAUAAUCAGAAUAACUGCCAGGACAACAGUGAUGAAGAGAGCUGCGAAAACCCUCAAGAAGCUGACAGUGACCAGGAUUAUGUGACCACAGAGCCUCAGCUGCUUUACUAUCCCAGCAUUACAUAUGCAAUCAUUGGUAGUUCAGCCAUUUUUGUGAUGGUUGUGGCCCUUCUUGCUUUGGUCUUGCACCACCAGCGGAAACGCAACAACCUCAUGACACUCCCUGUGCACCGCCUGCAACAUCCUGUCCUCCUGUCCCGGCUCGUUGUCCUUGAUCACCCACAUCACUGCAGCGUCACCUACAAUGUCAACAAUGGAGUUCAGUACAUGUCUAACCAGGCUUACCAUCGGCCACCAGAUUUAGACUCCCCACCAUCUUAUUCAGAAGCUGUACUAGACCAAAGGUAUGUGCAGAAGCCGGGAGGCAUGCCUCUCCAGGUUAAACCUUUAAUUCAGAUGGAGACAGGAAAGAGGAUUGAGAAGUUACAAUGUCCAUAUUUUGAACUGUGAUCUUUCAAAGUGGAGAUACUCCUAAAAAGCCACGGAAUCAGCAGGGUCCUACACAAAGCGCCCUGUCCGAGAAGGAGAAGAAAGACAAACCUGGGACAGUGCCGAUGAUAAAGCCACUGGUAUAAUUUGUUUAUUUGUGAGCGACUCUAUAUUGGUGCAUUUAAGAAAUAAACAGCAUGCAAAGGAUAUGUGGGAGACUCUGAAGAAAUUGUAUGAAAGUAAGUCAGUGUUCUUCAGUGUACAUCAAAUUAUAAAGAUUUGUAAUAAGAAACUAAAGGAGGGAGUGGAUCUGUCUAAGCACAUAAAUGAGAUGGAGACAUCACGACAAUUGCAAACACACUGAGUAAUUUUGCCUGAUACAGUUCAGAUGGGAUUGUUAUUGAACAGUCUUACUGGGCAUUUUGAGCCUGUUGUAAAUGCAUUAGAAGGGAAUCCCAGACAUAUGCAGGCUCAAUGUCCUCAGAACAAAGAAUUUGCAACUAAAAUAGAAGUGGGACUACAUUUCAAGAGAAGUGAGUUGCCUAAGCAUACAAGAAAAAUGCAUGGAAGCAAGGAGAGAAUAGGUCUAACAAAUAUAAAGCGUAUGCUGCUAAUACAAAGAAGAAUUUAAAAGCUAGUUCUACAAAAUGUAAUGCUGAAAUUUGUACUGCACAACCAGCAAUUCGAUUAAAGAAAAAGAAAGAUUUACUGAGUUGGACACAAAUUAUAAGGUUCCUAUUUUUCUAGCGGAUGGGAAGCAGACUUUUGCUGAAGGCAUAGGUUCUGCAGGGCUACACUGCAAACUACAAAAAGGUGAAACAGUGAAACUGACUGUUAAGGAUUCCUUUUUUUUGCCUACACUUGAGUCCAGCCUGAUGUCGGUUAAAUAUGCAACAGAGAGGAGUUGUGAGGUAGAAUUCAAAGGAAAACACAGGGGUUUUUUCAUAGACAAAGGUGAGCUACUUAUGAAAGGGACUUUGCAAAAGAGUGGCCUAUUUGAAGUGGAUUGUAUAAAUGAAGAGAACAAAAUUACAAAGCAAAGUUCACAUUAAAAAUGCUUGAAUUUAUGGCAUAGAAGAAUAGGACACAGAUAUCCCAAUGCAAUACUUCAACUGGAGAAGGAGGAUCCAGCCAGUAAUGUAGAGUCCAAAUGUACAUGCUGUGUAAGGCCGAAGGGAACUAAACCCACCUUUCCUCAAUGCAGAGAACGAGAGACACAGCAACCUCUUGAGCUGAUAGUGAUAUUGUAGGCCUAUACAGAUCAAUUCCUUAGGGGGGAAACAAGUAUUUGUUAACUUUCAUAGAUGAUUAUUCAAGAUUACAUUAGUGAAAAGAACAAAGUAUUUGAAAAAUUGAAGGAGUAUGUUGCAAGAGUUUGCAAUAAGUUUAGAAGGAAACCUCAAAUUCUGAGAUCAGACAGUGGAGGUGAAUAUACAACUGAAUAUCUGGAAAAGGAGGGCAUUGAACAUCAAAUUGCAAUGCCAUAUACUCCAGAACAAAAUAAAUAAAACAUAAAAAUCAAUUAAAACUCAAAAACUGCUUAAAACAAAAAAAUUACAAUAUUUAAAAUUACAAAAGCUAAAAGGCCUGGUUAAAAAGAUGAGUCUUCAAAGAUCUUUUAAAAACCGCUAGAGAUGGGGAGAAUCUUAUGUCAGCAGGAAGCGCAUUCCAAAGUCUUGGAGCGACAACUGAGAAGGCCCGUCCCUGAGUGGCCACCAAAUGACUUGAAGGUAGCCACAGAUGGGCCUCCCCUGACAAACUCAGUGGACGAUGGGGAUCAUGCAGAAGAAGAUGUUCUCUUAAAUACCUUGGGCCUAAGCUGUUUAGGGCUUUAUAGGUUAUAACCACCACUUUGUAUUUUGCCCAGAAACCUAUUGGCAACCAUUGUAACUCCUGUAAUAUAGGAAUAAUAUGGUCUCUUCGAGAUGACCCAAAGACCAACCUGGCUGCUGCAUUCUGUACUAAUUGUAGUUUCUGGACUACGUACAAAGGCAGCCCCACAUAGGCAUUGCAGUAAUCAGGUCUGGAGGUUACCAGCACAUGUACUACAGUUCUGAGGUCAUGAAUCUCAAGAAACAGAUGCAGCUGGCAUAUCAACUGAAGCUGAUAAAAAGCACUUCUGGCCACUGCCUCAGUCUGAAAAACCAAGGAGAGGUGUGAAUCCAGAAGCACUCCCAAACUGCAUACCUGUUCCUUCUGAGGAAGUGUGACCCCAUCUAGAACAGGCAGAUAAAUAUUGUUUCCUGAAUAACAACCCCACACAAGUACUUCCAUCUUGUCUGGUUUCAGUCUCAGUUUGUUGUCCCUCAUCCAGCCCAUUACCACCUUCAGGCAGGCAUUCAGGGAAGAUAUGCCUUCUCCUGAUGAAGUUGACAUGGAGAAAUAGAUAUGGGUGUCAUCAACGUACUGAUAGCAUCCAGCACCAAAUCCCCGGAUGAUCUCUCCCAGCGGUUUCAUGUAGAUCUUAAGAAGCAUUGGAGACAAUAUGAACCCUGAGAGACCCCAUAUAAAAGCUCAAGUUUUGAAGAGCAACAGUCUCCAAGUGACACCAUCUAGAAUCUUCCUGAGAGAUAAGAGCGGAACCACCGCAAAGCAGUGCCUCAUACACCCAACUCCCUCAGACGUUCCAGAAGGAUACUAUGGUCGAUAGUAUCAAAAGCCGCCGAGAGAUCCAAAAGGACCAACAGAGUCACACUUCUACCAAGUCCUAAUUGGAGAUCAUCCAUCCAGCUGACCAAGGCAGUCUCCACCCGGUAGCCAGCUCAAAAACCAGUUUGAAAUUGGUCUAGAUAAUCACUUUCUUCCAAGACUGCCAGGAGCUGGGAGCCACCACCUUUAGGUCUAAUAAUUGUCUCCUUUAAACAAGGGGGCAUCCUGCCCUCCCUCAGAAAGGCAUUAAUAAUUGCCACCAGGCCCUCCACAACCACCUCCCUGCCAGAUAGUGUAAGCCACGUCGGGCAAGGAUCAAGUAGACAGGUGGUAGGACGCACCGUUCCAAGCAGCUUGUCCACAUCCUCAGGAGUCACAAACUGAAAAUGAUCCAGUUUAACCACACAAUAGGAGUUGCUGGAUAUCUCUGCAUCUGAUACUGCGCUAACUGUGGAGUAGAAGUCUAAAUCGGCCUGAAUACGAUAUAUUUUGUCCACAAAAACUCAUUAAAAGCAUCACAGCGGGCAACUGAUGGAUCUACAUUUUGAUUCAGGGGAGCAGGGGGUCGUACUAGCCCCCUCACAACCCUAAAAAGCUCUGCUGGACAUGAGUUUGCAGAAGCAAUACAGGCAGAAAUGAAGCGCUUCUUUGCUGCACGUUAUAGCCAGAGCAUAGAUCUUUAAGUGUGCUCUGUGUCAUAAUCUGUCAGAUUCAAGUCGAGUCUUCCUCCACUUGCAUUCCAGUCAUCUACUGCUUCAGCUCCUGCAGAUCUUCCAUAUACCAAGAAGCCAUUUUUGAAGUGGGUCGGAGAGGACCAGUUUUCCACCAGGGCAUCAACCGGAUCAUCAGCUGAGCCAACAUUAAAUCCAACCAAGGUUUCUUGGAAUGCUAUUGGAUCCAAUAACCUUCUUGGACGGGCCAUAUGCCCCUCACCCUUGCAGAGGUGGGAUGUAACUGUAAGACCAGCCUUAACCAGAUGGUGGUCCGUCCAUGACAAUAGGGAAAAAUAGGAGUCCCCACCCACGGAACACCAUCCUGAUCAGAGUGAAAGACUAGAUCAAGCAUGUGACCAGCAGUAUGUUUCGGCCCGGAGACCACUUGGGAUAAGCCCAUAGCUGUCAUGAACUCCUGAGCUGCUCCAGACAACCAGGUCCCAAAGUGGACAUUGAAGUCCCCCAGCACCACAAGCCUGAGGCACUCCAACACCAAAUCCAAGACCAGGUCAGCAAGCUCAGUUAGGGACUUUGUUGGGCAGCAGGGUGAUCGGUACACCAACAGAAGUCCCAAUCUAUCUCUGGUCCCCAAGCGUAAGUACACACACUCGAUAUGAUCAGACGUUCUGACAGGGAUUCUGGUAAGGAAGAUAUUAUCCUUUAAAGACACAGCCACAAGGUGAUUGCUACUUAUUUACAAAACAGACUGCCUACUAUAGUUAUAAAUAUAACACCAUUUGAAUUGUGGCAUGAAAAGAAGCCUAAUAUGGAGCAUAUUAAAGUUUUUGGCUCAAAUGCACAUGCCUAUGUACCAAAGUCUAAAAGAACCAAAUUGAACUGCAGGUGCCAGGAAGGGAUAUUAGUUUGCUAUACACCAGGAUAUAAAGGGUAUAGAAUACUUGAUCUUGGCACAGAAACUGUAAAAAUGUGUAUGUGUUGUAUUUUGAUGAAAAGAAAAAACAACUGCUGAUGACGUUCCAAAUAUUAAACUGGACAUUCAGAUGCAGAAGAAGCCUGAACAAGAAAAAUCAAAGAAAGAAGUUGAUAUAAUUAUUGUUCCAACUAACUAUCAAGAGCAAAAUGAAAACAUUAAGACUCAGUCAGAGAUAAGGUGCCGUAUCUCAGAGAUAAGGUGCUCAGCAAAAACCAACAAAGGUGUUCCAGCAAAAAUACUCUCAUAUAUUAAUUACUAGAGAAGAAAAAAUGUGCAAGAGCUUAUUACAUGGGGCAUAUUUAUAAAAUGCCAACUGAUCAAGCUUGCAAUUGGAGAAAAGCUGCAGAAAAAGAGAUCCUAUCUCUGCAUAAGACUAAUACUUGGAUACUUUAUAUACUAAUAUAUGUUGAAGAUGUGAUUGUUGUCAAAACAGAGAAGAUGGUGAUGAGAUUGUAAACUAGCUAAACCCGCGCAGAGCAUCUGCAUGCUAGUACUUGAUUGCUCCCCUCACCCCCUGCCAAAGCCCCGCUCACCUCAGAGAUCUCUCCAUCUUCACUUGAGCUUCACUCCUGCUCCUCUUCCAUCUGGUUGCUUCCAUCCCCCUCAACCCUCUUGGUCACUCCUCCAUCCCUCUACUCUAUCCCCCUCACCCCUCUUGGUCAUGGCUGCAGCGUUGCUGGCACCUAUUGGCCAAGAUGCAGCCCCAUAUCCCCAGAGACCUCCUCACCCAAGCCCCACUCCUGCUCUUCCCCACAGGAGCAGGAGCAACAGCAGUUGACCAGGCCCUUCCUCGCUGCUGCCACCACCAUGACCACUUGUUCCCCUCAGGCCACUGACAGGCCUGGGCCCUUCCCUUGCCUGCCUGCCUCCCUCUGCCAAUGGCCUUGGUAGCCCCAAACAGUAACAGUGGUUGACUGGGCUCUUCCUUGCUGCUAGUAGGCACCACCAUGGCCACUUAUUCCCCUCAGGCCGCUGACAGGCUCGGGCCCAUCCCUCACCCUUCCUUCUUUCUCUCUUCCCCUCCCUUCUUUUUCUCUCUUUCUCUUUCCUCCACUCACUCUUCCCCUCUGUCUUUCCCCCCUCCCUUCUUUCUCUCCCUUUCUGAGUUAACAGAUCUUUUUCAUCCUGUUUUCCAUCUAAUUCACACAAUGGCAGCUUCCUUCUCCUGAAGCACCCUUUCCUUCCUCACUACCCCUUUCUUUGCAGACCCCUGCCCACUAUCCUUUUAUAUAUAGAGAUUCCUCUCCUCUACAAUCUAGAACAUCUUCUGACCAGUAACUGUUGCAUUCCAACUGAACUUAAGCAUCACAGGCUCCUCCUCCCUUUCUGCAUAUGGAAUCCCCACUGCCCAAUCAACAUGAUGUUUCUGCUCUCACAGGCUCCUCUCUCCCCCCCCCCACCCGCAUAUGGAAUCACCAUUGCCCAAUCACCACAGUGCUUCUGCUUGCAAACUCUCGCAAGAGCUGCCACACACAGGAUUAGCCACGGGUACGCUUUAGAGAAUUAUAUAUAGAGAUAAUCUGAAUGAAGAAAUAGAAGUAAAGUAGCAGGGGAACAUGUUCUGUUAUCUUGGCAUACAAAUUGAAAGAGAACAAGAUGGAGGUUAUCUUCUUCAUCAGGUACAAAAGAUAAAAGAUCUUGUAGAAUGUCUGGGUCUCACAGAUGCCAAGGAAGUCAGCACUCCAAUGGAAGCUAACUUUUUCAAGCAUAAUGCAAACAGUGAGCUUAUUCCAGGCAAUGGGCAAUAUAGGAAAGCAAUUGGGAAACGUCUAUAUAUUGCCACAGUAACAAGACUAGACAUUUCUUGUUUUUUUGGUUUUUUAAUAGUCAGUUGUGGCAACAAAUGGUUAAUUAGUGGAUUCAUACCUUCUGAAGCUUCAUUCAUCAUCCCCAGACUUUGAGGUGACUCUUGAAAUAUGACAGCAUGGCUUUUUUACCUUCACUAAAGACUUAUUGUCACAGUGAUCCAAUAAAACAUAUUAUCUCCCCCCUCUCUCCCAUUUCCUUGUGCCAUGGUCUGUUGUGGCAGCUACAGUGCAUGCAGUUAUACUUUUUAGAAACAGGAAGCCAGUUCAUUUUUUCUUCAGCGUUUUUUACUGACUGACAUUAGUUUAAGUGGUAAUUGUGGUGAUGGGUGACAGCAGACCACGGCUUUUGUAAUACUGAUAGAUUUUCAACAUGCCUUCGUCUCAGCCCAGCAAUUCAAUUUUUUCUCAAUCCUGUCCUGAAGCUAGGAAGAAUAGCUGGUAUUCUGUAGAAUGAAAUGUUCUGUAGGUCAAUAUCCGCUUGUGUAAAAUGUACUCUUAAUUUAACUUUUUCAUAUUUUGGAGAGUGCCAAGAUCUUAAAUAGCUUUCCAUAAACAUUGUGUUCAGGUGCAUACAAACAUGCCUUUAAACAGGGCUCACCAGGUGUUUCUCCUGCCAUAAUAUGUGCCUGGCUUCCCUCUGCCUUCACAAUGCAACUGACAGACGUACUUAAAAGUGUUUCAAAUGUUUAUUCAGUCAUCUGUCAUGUAUUCCAGCCCCCCACUUCAGGCAAUUGGUCAGACACUAUAUAAAUUGUAUUCAUGUACUCAUCCAUUUGUCAUUUAAAGAUAAAAUCAUCUUUAAAACCACUCUGGAAAUAGGUGGUUUGAAAAUUUGAACAUCACAGUUUGAAUUCUGAUGUAACAGAUGCUAUUGAAGUUUGAACUUUGAUAUCACAGAUGUCAGCCAAUCAGUCCUGUCCACAACCAACUUUUGCUGCACACUGAAGAACUCAUUUUUCAUGAAUUCCCAUUGUGGACAGGAAAUUCCUUGUCUGUACACACAACAGUGCAUGCAAUUUCACAGUGGCUUGGCCACUCAAAUAAUAUAUGUCAGAUUGUCUUUGUAUAUCUAAUAUGUCAUGUC